UAAUUUGUCUCAUGAUGUAGUGUCUAUAGCUAGUAAUUUCUUGUACUAUAACCAGUGACUUCUUUUUUCUCCUAGCUAGACAUCCUGAAGUAACUCCUUCACAAUGACGCCGUGUCGGGUCACCUUUGAAAUAAGAGGAACUCUUUUACCAGGAGAAGUUUUUGCAAUAUGUGGAAGCUGUGAUGCAUUGGGCAACUGGAACCCUCAAAGUGCUGUCACUCUUCUUCCAGAGAAUGAGACCGGGGAAAGCAUGUCAUGGAAAGUAACCAUUGUACUCAAUAGAGGAACGUCAGUUCAGUAUCGCUACUUCAAAGGGUGCUUUUUAGAACCAAAGACUAUCGGUGGCCCAUGUCAAGUCAUAGUUCACAAGUGGGAGACUCAUCUACAACCACGAUCAAUAACCCCUUUAGAAAGUGAAAUUACUAUCGACGAUGGACAGUUUGGAAUUCACAAUGGUGUUGAAACUCUGGAUUCUGGAUGGCUGACAUGUCAGACAGAAAUAAGACUACGUUUGCAUUAUUCUGAAAAGCCUCCCGUCUCAAUAACCAAGAAAAAAUUGAAAAAAUCUAGAUUCAGGGUGAAGUUGACACUGGAGGGUCCAGAGGAAGAUGAUGACGAUAGGAUUUCCCCCACUGUCCUUCAUAAAAUGUCCAAUACCUUGGAGAUCUCGUUAAUAAGUGAUCAUGAGUUCAAGUGCAGGCACUCCCAGCCCGAGUGUGGCUAUGGCUUACAGCCUGACCGCUGGACCGAGUACAGCAUCCAGACAAUGGAACCAGAUAACCUGGAACUGAUCUUCGAUUUUUUUGAGGAGGAUCUCAGUGAGCACAUAGUUCAGGGAGACGCCCUGCCUGGACACGUGGGUACAGCGUGCCUCUUGUCGUCCACCAUUGCCGAGAGCGGGAAGAGUGCUGGCAUCCUCACCCUGCCCAUCAUGAGCAGGAACUCCAGGAAAACAAUCGGCAAAGUGAGGGUUGACUUUAUAAUUAUUAAGCCAAUACCAGGAUACAAUUGUGAUAUGAAGUCAUCAUUUUCCAAGUACUGGAAGCCGAGAAUACCAUUGGAUGUUGGACAUCGAGGUGCAGGCAACUCUACAACAACUGCCCAGCUGGCUAAAGUUCAAGAAAAUACUAUUGCUUCCUUAAGAAAUGCUGCAAGCCACGGUGCAGCCUUUGUAGAAUUUGAUGUUCACCUUUCAAAGGACUUUGUGCCCGUGGUCUAUCACGAUCUCACCUGUUGCUUGACCAUGAAGAAGAAAUUUGAGGCUGAUCCAGUUGAAUUGUUUGAAAUUCCAGUAAAGGAAUUAACAUUUGACCAACUCCAGUUGUUAAAGCUCUCUCAUGUGACUGCGCUGAAGUCUAAGGAUCGAAAAGAAUCUGUGGUGGAAGAGGAAAGUUCCUUUUCUGAAAAUCAGCCGUUUCCUUCUCUUAAGAUGGUUUUAGAUUCUUUGCCAGAAGAUGUAGGGUUUAACAUUGAAAUCAAAUGGAUCUGUCAACAAAGGGAUGGAAUGUGGGAUGGUAACUUAUCCACAUAUUUUGACAUGAAUCUGUUUUUGGAUAUAAUUUUAAAAACUGUCUUGGAAAACUCUGGCAAGAGGAGAAUAGUGUUUUCUUCCUUCGAUGCAGAUAUUUGCACAAUGGUUCGACAAAAGCAGAACAAAUAUCCCAUAUUAUUUUUGACUCAAGGAAAGUCUGACAUUUACCCAGAACUCAUGGACCUCAGGUCUCGAACAACUCCCAUUGCAAUGAGCUUUGCACAGUUUGAAAAUCUUCUAGGGAUAAACGCACACACUGAAGACCUGCUGAGGAACCCGUCCUACGUGCAGGAGGCGCGAGCCAAGGGGCUGGUUGUGUUCUGCUGGGGUGAUGACACCAACGACCCGGAAAACAGAAGGAAAUUGAAGGAAUUUGGCGUCAAUGGUCUCGUUUAUGAUAGGAUAUAUGAUUGGAUGCCUGAGCAGCCAAAUAUAUUUCAAGUGGAGCAGUUAGAACGGCUGAAGCAAGAACUGCCUGAACUGAAGAGCUGUCUGUGCCCCACUGUUAACCGCUUUGUGCCGUCUCUCUGCGGGGAGCCGGAUAUCCACGUGGAUGCCAACGGCAUUGAGAGCAUGGAGAACGCAUAGCUCAUUGCGGACCCAUGUGGGUGCUCGCCCUCCAUCGCCGAGCGUUGCUUAGCUAUGCCUGCGGGUUUCUCAGUCCAAUGAAGCAAUAAUGAAGUAUUUUAUUCUUUCACUACAGUUCUUGCAAGAAUUUCAAGUAUGCUAUUAAAUCACUUGGCCAGGUAUAAUUACCAGUCAGUCUCCUUACAAUGAGAGAAUUUAUUGGUUAGUAAAUGUUUCGAACUAAAAGUGUAAACCUAUGAUGCUAAAUAAAUAUCCUUAAAAGCAUAGCACUUUGACAUUAGCUAUAGCAAUAGCGAUAGCUCAUAUUUACCUUCUGACAACCUCUCCUUCCAUCAGGUCUUAAAUCUAGCACUUGAGGAAAAUGACUAUGCAUAGUUAUACCUGACCAUGAAAAAAAAAAAUAAGUACCUCAAAUGCAUGCAUUUGCACUGGUGAUUCCCACCGCCCGAGUCCCUGUGCCAUCUGUGUGUAUAGGCCUUUUUUUACAUGGGUUGGCAUGCACACAUCAUUUCCAUUCAGGACGAAUGAACCUUGGGGCUGCUGCCAUUUUCCACUUAACCAAACCGCCUGGAGGUGAACCUUGGAAUUUGUUUCCUAAGUCUUUCAGAAGUUGUUUUGCAAAAAUGUCAAAAUUCCAAAAUGCUGCAGGGUAACUUAAUGUGUAAAAUAUUUAGAGUGUGUACUGCGUACCUGGUAGAGUAGAUGGCAGUGCGCAGAGUCCGCUGAGUGUGUGCUUUAGGUUUCCAGCCCGGGAUUGUGCGCGUUUACCGUCGAGUCCUGCAUCUGUGGUGCUAGGCGAGCGUAAGAAGAUGCCAAGGACACCUGAAACAACAGCCUGCUCAUGGGCAUAUUAAAUGUGCUGAUUUUAAGUUUUCUCACUACCUUUUACACACCAUUGCUUGUGGAUUUGUGUGUGUGUGUGUGUGUGUGUGUGUGUGUGUGUGUGUGUGUUAUAGUAGUUUAAAUCUCCAUGCAGAAAAAUGAAUGUCCUGAAUGCUCGUAUUGGUUUUCUUCAUUAGUAAGUGCAUAUCAUGCAGGUAAUUUAUUUAGGAAUGUAGAAAACUUUACUGAUUGCUUGUGCAUGUUUUUAGGAUUGUACUAAGGUUUCUUUCAUUAGAAAUAGAUAAUGUUAGCGUAACUGUAACUUUAAAAAAUGAAUGUUAAAUAAAAUGACAUUUAUUUUCCUCAUUAUGAAAUGGGAUUUCAAGAAGGAGUUACUUUUUUGCAUAAUGGUUUUAUAAUAUUAUCAGAAAUUGGAAUGUAGUGCCCACCCUGUUUGCCUUCAUCAGGCCUCUGCAUGUCUUCCCAGGUGUGUAGUCGUGUGUGGGCAUAUUUUGGUGGUAGCUGAGAACCUAAGACUUGAAUUCACACGUACCUUUUGGCUUCUUUUUUGGUUUUGUUUUAAGAUAAGCAAUGCAGAUUUGGUCAGAUUGUGAUUGAGAAGAUGAGGUCUGAAACCUUGUCUGGUGUGGUGUGUGUAACACUGGCCUCUGAUGGAAGAGGCUAGGGAGCUGGCAUCUUCUGCAUGGCUUCUAUGUGCUUUCCCCAAGGGGAAUGGCAUUUACCAACAUUUGCUUGUCAAUUAGGAAGUUUUAGAAAACUCCAGAAAGUGUGCUUUUUUCAUCUGCAGACCUUUGUACAAAUUACUUUAGGAUAACUCCCUUAGCCGUGUAUGUACAAUUUUAGUACCAUUUCUUUGCUUUUCCCCUGUGCCUUUUCAGUUCCAGGUCUGGUUUGGAAGACUCAGGCAAUGGUUGAGGGGGAGAGAAAGGAGGACAUUAGGCAGUAGGGGGCUGUGCUUGGGAGCAGUUUGGUUUGUUGAGAAGAGCACGGAACAACUCUUCUGACCUUAGAAGCCAGUGUUCGGCAACAGAUCUGUCUGCAGCUGUUGCCCUUUGGUCUCUGGGGUGCUGCCGCACACCCCCCAGUGUCGGGGUCAGGCCCGAGCCUCCCAGCUCUUUCCCCGAGUCGUUUCCUGCCACACUGCUUGUCCUGAAGCCAUCCACCUCUGAGCCCAGACUGAAAUGCCUUCAGAAGAGAACGAAGUGUCUUAACGCCUCCUGCUGCCACCUCUUCGUGCUUUAACCCUCCACCCCGCUCACACCUCCCGGCCCACGCUUCCAUCACAGUCCGUUCCAGGUAAGCGCAGUGUGGCUCACCCACCAGGCGUGGGGCUCUGCAAUGCCCCUUGUCUUCACCAAUUUUAUUUCCACAGUAUGUGGAACACAGUAGAAAACCAGUGUUGGCAUUAAGGGCAUAAUAUAAUUUGCGUCGUGUCCUCUUAGAUUAUGAGAUUUAGUUAUGUUCCCUAAAGGUGUCACCUUGGAGUUAGUAUACAUGUAACCAUGGGACAGUACAUUAAUACCAGCUGUGCAAUGUAGAAGUCUAAUGUUAAGUUAUUUUUUACUUUCUAGAAACCAUGGGGAGUGUUUGCUCGACUGCUGCCACUGUCCUCUGCUGUUUCCUUCACUCUGGGAUGGCGCCCUGUGACUGGGCAUGGCAGGGAGGAGGUGCUCACUGCCCUCCUGGGCCCCCGGGUACGUGGGGGUGACUGCAGCGGGCUGCCUGCUCCCCACAUCCCUCACGUACCUGUGGCACGCCACUCCCUCCAGCUCCGAGCCCCCUCUGCUGCCCGCCUCGGGGCCGCCUUGUUUCUCUCUCCGCCUCCUGCCAUUGCUGCGUCCUGCGCAUGCUGCUCCACAACCGUCACCUCAGCUUUGCUCUGAACCCCCACAGCAGCCCAGAGAGAACCCUGGGGUCUCACUGCUGCAGUGUGCAGCCAGGCUAAGAGCCUGCAGGUUCUCUGACUGUUGGGUUGUAGUUGAGAAUCUGGGUUUCGUGACUGCCGAUCUGGUGUUCUGGAGCCCUGUUGCCUUCUCAAGUCGGCGUAAGUUAGUAUCAGUAUCUUUGGAGCCCACUCCUGUGCCUGUUGUAUUUCCCUAAUAAGAUUGUGAGCCCCUUAAGGGCAAGGACAACUUUGCAUUUUUAGCACCAUUGUCAUGCUAUCUCCUUGCUCAUGAUCUAGAGAAAUAAAUAGCAAUGACAACAA